CCUUCCCCCCCUUUAUAUUAACCAUGCAAAACGUAUGCGCAUAAAUUUGCAUGUCUAACGAGGCCGGCCGCGCAGCGAGUGGGGUCGAUGCGUCCAAAAUGGCGGAGCGGGCCGGGCGAGGCGGAGGCGGCCGGCUGGACAAGAGCAUCACUUUGCCGCCGGACGAGAUCUUCCGCAACCUGGAGAACGCCAAGCGCUUCGCCAUCGACAUCGGUAAGCCCGUGUGGAAAUCACCUCGCUUUCCCACUGUGCAAGAAAGCUGGCCUAGGGAUCUCUUGAACCUUUUCUGUUUUGUCGAUCCCCCGAAGGAUGCCGAAUCCGAAUCUCCCUACGAAAUCACCGUCCAGGAGGAGAUCACGGCCCGGCUGCAUUUCAUUAAAUUCGAGAACACCUAUAUCGAAGCCUGCUUGGAUUUCAUCAAAGACCACCUCGUCAACACCGAAACGAAAGUGAUCAAAGCCACGGGGGGUGGUGCGUACAAAUUCAAGGAACUUAUUGAGAAGAAGCUGGGAUUAAAAUUAGAUAAAGAAGACGUGAUGACCUGUCUCAUUAAGGGGUGCAAUUUUGUCCUGAAGAACAUCCCCCAUGAGGCCUUUGUCUACCUGAAGGAUGCCGACCCCGAGUUCAGGUUUCAGAUGAACCAUCCUCACAUUUUCCCUUACUUGCUGGUUAAUAUUGGCUCUGGAGUUUCGAUCGUCAAGGUGGAAACGGAAGAUAAGUUUGAGUGGAUUGGCGGAAGUUCCAUCGGAGGCGGGACUUUCUGGGGCCUCGGAGCAUUGCUUACCAAAACCAAGAAGUUUGAUGAAUUGCUGCAGCUUGCUUCAAAGGGCCAACACACCAACGUCGACAUGCUGGUGAAGGACAUCUACGGCGGGGCGUAUCAAACCCUCGGGCUUAGCGGGAACCUGAUCGCCAGCAGCUUUGGAAAAUCUGCCACGGUGGAUAAAGAUUUUUCUAAAGAGGACAUGGCCAAAAGUUUGCUGCACAUGAUCAGCAACGAUAUCGGGCAGCUGGCUUGCCUGCACGCCAAGCUCCACAACCUGGACAAAAUCUACUUUGGCGGCUUCUUCAUCCGAGGUCACCCCGUCACCAUGCGAACCAUCACUUACAGUAUUAACUUCUUCUCCAAGGGUGAAGUCCAGGCCUUGUUUCUGAGGCAUGAAGGCUACCUGGGAGCCAUAGGGGCUUUCUUAAAAGGAGCAGAGCAAGACAAUCCCAAUUUAUACAGCUGGGGAGAGAACUACGCAAGCAGUUCGGGCCUCCUGAGCACGUCGCCUGACGUUUGCCCCAUGCAGCGGGAACGAAGUGGCACCUUUGACAUGUUGGAAAUGGAUCGUCUGGAGCGGAUGCUGGUUAAUCUGCCUUUGCUGCAGGAUCCCUCCACUUACGUCGCCGACACCGUAGAUUUGACCGACGACAUCCUGGCCCGGCAGUAUUGGCUCUCGUGCUUUGAGGAGUCUUUGGAUGGGGUCGCUAAACGUGCCGCAGCCAGCCAACCCGAUUUGGUCGACGCAGCUGAGCGAGCCGACAAAUUCCGACACAAAUACCGGGAGAAACUUCAAACACUCCGACAGCAGCCGUUCGCAUACGGCACCCUAACAGUUAGAAGUUUACUGGAUACAAGGGAACACUGCUUGAAUGAGUUUAACUUCCCUGAUCCCUACUCCAAGGUAAGGCCUCCUCUUCCUCGCUGCCCUGGAGGGCGGUCCGAUCUCUUUUGA